AAAGAGAAAGCAGUAGUCUAGAGAGAGAAACACAGAAAGUAGCUUUGUGUUUUUAUAGAGAGAGAGAGAGAGAAGGGAAAGAGGAAAGGAGAAAUGUCUGGGUGUUGUAGGGGAGGAUAGGGAACAAAGCUUCAGCAUUUGGUCUCUGAGAAACUCAGCAAACACACAACAUCCACUAUUUUUCAUUCCCUUCUUCUGCCCCUCUCUUGUCGGCCGGCGACCCCACUCCCAUUUCCCGGCGAUUUCGCCGGAUUCUCUCUUCUCGCUCGAACUCCAGAGGCAGUUUCUUUUCGGUUGCGUCCUUGAGCUGAUCUGAGCUCAUAAGCCCAGAAGUCAAAGUUUUGUCUGCCUUUUCAAGCUUUGAUUUUUGUUUAUCUGAGCUUGACGGAGAAGAGAGAGAUAUUCAGAGCUUUGAUUUUUUUUUUUUUUAAAGAAAAAAUGAGGGGGCGUUGAAUUUUUUUCCGAUUAUUUCUUGUUUUGAAAAACUCGCCGGAGAAGACAAUGAAGACGCCGGCGAAUGGCGCCGGAGCCGGCCCCACCACGUCAGCUUCCAAUCCCUGCGAAGGAGCAGAGAAGAAGAGCAUAAACCCGGAGCUAUGGCAAGCGUGCGCCGGGCCGCUGGUGAACCUGCCGCCGGCUGGGACCCACGUUGUGUACUUCCCUCAAGGCCACAGUGAACAGGUUGCAGCUUCUAUGAAGAAGGAUGUGGAUGCACAAAUCCCCAACUACCCGAAUCUUCCUUCCAAGCUGCUAUGUCGACUUCUCAAUGUCACUCUGCAUGCGGAUCCAGAAACAGAUGAAGUAUAUGCUCAGAUGACACUCCAACCGUUUCCUUCUUUUGACAAGGAUGCUCUAUUGAGAUCAGACCUUGCACUCAAGACGAAUAAACCCCAACCGGAGUUUUUCUGUAAAACGUUGACAGCCAGUGAUACAAGCACCCAUGGAGGGUUCUCCGUCCCACGCCGUGCGGCAGAGAAAAUUUUCCCUUCUCUUGACUUCUCCAUGCAACCACCUGCUCAAGAACUUACGGCCAGGGAUUUACACGAUAAUGCAUGGACCUUCCGCCAUAUCUAUCGCGGACAACCAAAACGUCACUUGCUUACGACUGGAUGGAGCCUAUUUGUUAGUGGAAAGAGGCUUUUCGCUGGUGACUCAGUUUUAUUCAUUAGAGAUGAAAAGCAGCAGCUUCUUUUGGGCAUUAGAAGGGCUAACAGGCAACCCACCAACCUAUCAUCAUCAGUAUUGUCAAGUGAUAGCAUGCAUAUAGGGAUUCUAGCAGCAGCAGCCCAUGCUGCAGCAAACAAUAGCCCCUUUACAGUGUUCUAUAAUCCCAGGGCAAGUCCAUCAGAAUUUGUUAUUCCUUUAGCCAAGUACUACAAGGCUGUAUAUAGCAACCAAAUAUCACUUGGCAUGCGCUUUCGGAUGAUGUUUGAAACAGAAGAGUCAGGAACAAGAAGGUAUAUGGGUACAAUUACAGGUAUCAGUGAUCUUGAUCCCGUUAGAUGGAAGAACUCACAGUGGCGUAAUUUGCAGGUUGGUUGGGAUGAGUCAACUGCUGGGGAAAGGCGGAACCGGGUCUCUAUCUGGGAAAUUGAACCGGUAACUGCUCCAUUUUUUAUCUGUCCCCCUCCAUACUUCAGAACAAAGCGUCCAAGGCAACCCGGAAUGCCAGAUGAUGAAUCCUCUGAAUUAGACAACUUAUUCCGAAGGACAAUGCCUUGGCUUGGUGAUGAUAUCUGCAUGAAGGAUCCCCAGGCUCUCCCUGGCUUAAGUUUAGUCCAGUGGAUGAACAUGCAGCAAAACCCUUCCCUGGCUAACUCAAUGCAGCCAAAUUACAUGCAUUCCAUGUCUGGAUCAGUUCUGCAAAACCUCUCUGGAUCAGAUCUUUCCCAUCAGUUAGGCUUGUCUGCGCCGCAAAUGCCUCAGUCAAACAACUUACAGUUCAAUUCCCAGAGGUUACCUCAGCAAGCACAACAGUUUGAUCAAUUCCCAAAGCUACCAUCCACAUUGAACCCAUUAGGAUCUAUUAUUCAACCACAGCAACAGUUGGGAGAUAUUACUCAACAAUCAAGGCAAAAUGUGGUUAAUCAAACUCUACCUUCAGGUCAAGUUCAGGCCCAAAUUCUGCAGCCUCAGUCUCUUGUUCAAACUAACAAUAUCCUUCAGCAGCAGCCAUCUAUUCAAAACCAUCAGUCUCACAGAAAUGUCCCUCAGAACCUGCAGCAGCAGCAGCAGCAGCAUCAGCAGCAAAGUAUGGGUCAGAACCAACAGCAAAACCUUAUUCAACCCCAGCUGCCCGAUCAAGUAAACCAACAGUUACAAAUGUCUGAUAAUCAGAUUCAACUGUUACAGAAGUUUCAGCAGCAGCAGCAAUCACUUCUAGCACAGCAGUCAGCUGCUCAAUUGACGCAAUUCCAAGAUCCACAGAGGCAGCCGUUAGAUAUGUCCCAGAGCUUCUCUAGAUCUAUGACAUCCAACCAAGUGCUGGAGCUCCCUCAAGCAACCUCUACCUUGCUCCCUCAGUCAAACAGUAUCCCACUUCAGAUGACAAAGAAUAACAGCCACACAAAUAUUCGGUACUCUCAUCAUCCGCCCCAGCAGCCAAAGCUUCAACAACAGCAAUCUGGUGUUCUGCCUGAAAUAUCUGGACAUGUGGGACUUACCCCAAUGCCAACAUCCAAUCAGCUAUUUACAGCUGCUAGCAGUAUCACAGGAGCUGCUGGAGCAGGGCAGUCUGCAAUUACCGAUGAUGUUCCAUCUUGUUCCACUUCACCUUCUACAAACAAUUGUCCGAAUGUGCUUCAACCAGUGAUGACUGGCAGGCCCCAUCGAAUUACAGCAAUUGGGGAGGACAUGGCUCAGUCUGCUGCUACAAUUAUGAGUCCAAGUCCAUUGGAAACCCUGUCAUCUACCGCUACCUUGGUUAAAGAUUUGCAGCAGAAGUCCAAUGUUAAGCCUUCAUUGAACAUCUCUAAGAAUCAAAAUCAAGGAUUUUUUGCUCCACAAACAUACCUCAAUGGUGCUGCUGCCCAGACAGAUUACUUGGAUACUUCAUCUUCAACAACAUCAGCCGGCCUUUCUCAGAAUGAUGUCCAUUUACAGCAGAAUAACAACCCAGUUUCUUUCAAUCCACAAUCGUUGUUGUUCAGAGAUGCUAGUCAGGAUGGGGAAGUUCAGGUAGAUCCUAGGAGUACGGUUGCUUAUGGGACUAACAUUAAUGGCCAAUUAGGGAUACCCUUGAAUCCUGAUCCUUUAUUAGCAAAGGGUAUUGAAGGGUUAGGGAAGGAUUUCCAAAAUAAUCUCUCUUCAGGGGGCAUGCUUACAAACUAUGAGAACUCAAAAGAUGCUCAGCAGGAACUUUCAUCCUCAAUGGUUUCCCAGUCUUUUGGAGUUCCAGAUAUGACAUUUAACUCGAUUGAUUCCACAAUAAAUGAUAGCAGCUUCUUGAACAGAGGUCCUUGGCCCCCACCACCGCAGUUUCAGCGAAUGCGGACAUUUACCAAGGUGUACAAACGUGGAGCCGUGGGGAGAUCCAUUGAUAUCGCCAGUUAUUCGUGUUAUGAUGAGCUUAAACAAGGCCUGGCUCGAAUGUUUGGCAUAGAGGGACAGUUGGAGGAUAAACAGAGAAUAGGCUGGAAACUUGUCUAUGUAGAUCACGAGAAUGAUGUUCUCUUAGUAGGAGAUGACCCUUGGGAGGAGUUUGUGAACUGUGUCCGCUGCAUCAAGAUCCUGUCCCCUCAAGAAGUCCAGCAAAUGAGCUUAGAUGGAGACUUCGGAAGUGCUGUCCUACCAAAUCAAGCCUGCAGCAGCUCUGAUGGCGGAAUUGCUUAAUGUAGUCUUAGCUAAUGAUAAGGAUUCUUCUUCCAGAUUGGGAGCUUAUACUGUUUAUAAUAAUCUGUUCAUGGCUUUCCAUAUGGCAUGUAUUAGUUAUAUGCCACAACUGGCUUUUUCAAGUGCAGGCCCAUUAAGAAGUGAUCCUUAGGCAGUUAGAGUGGGUCUUUUCUUAAAUUUUGGCACAAAUCUGAAACUGUGACAGAGCUGAGGAGUAGGGGGGGGAGAGAGGAGGGUGUAUUUCCAGAGUAGUGAACAACCCAGUUUGGUAUGAGCCACAGCUCUUCGAUAUGAUGAUGAUGCUGUGAGAUCAAUACCUAAUUAUUUUGCCUUCUGUAUUUUAGUAUUUGAAACUGUCCCACUCAUGUGCUAUGUAGAAAGCAAGCAAAAGCAUGAAAUUGUAAGGCCUAGUUUCGAGUGUGUAAAUUUGUAUAUUUUUUUCAGCCCUUCAAUGAAAUAGUUGUAUGAAAUUGAGUACA